AUGGCUCCAAUCUCUCUUAUCGCCUACAUCCUUUGCCUCAUCCUUGUCAUUUCCGGUGAGUUUUUUUUAAUUUUUUAGCUCCUGAUGAUAAAAUUCAGAAGUCUCAUCACUAACCAUGUACAAUUUGUACGAUCGGAUGCUGGAAAAGGACAGGUCAACUCGGAAUUCGAAGUUUAACAGUUACGCUCAUCCAGUCGCGUUCAAGGGCGAUGAAGUGGUGAGACUUGAAAUUUUCAAUUUUGAAGUGAAAAUUUUGAAAAAACUUGCAAAAAUCAAGAGGAGAGGCACGCAAAAAUGGGCGUGGUUUGGGAAGCAAAGGAUGCGCAGUUUCUUUCGGUCGAACACUUAUAGGGCUCUAAUUUAAAGAGGAAGGCAGCCAUUCAUCAUAAAAAUCUGGAAGAACAGCUAGAGCUUUUUUAAUUUGUGAGGCACGAAAAAGUGUGCGUGGCUUUUGAUGCAAGCCGUGCGCAUUUCAUCUCAAGAAAGCCUUCAAUUCUUGCCCAGAGGUACUUGGUGUCCACAGAAGUGAUGAAGCUCUUUUUUACGCUAAUGAAUUGAUUUUUGAAGUGAAAAGUUUGAAAAAGCUUGAAAAAUCGAUCAAUCAAGAAGAGAGGCACGCAGAAAGGGGCGUGGUUUGAGAAGCAAGGGAUGCACAGUUUCUAUUAAUCGUUUUCAAUACUUAUAGGGCUCGGAAUUGCAGAUAGGGGCAGACGGGGAAGUCUGGAAGAAUGGCUUAAACUUUUUAAACAUCUGAGGCACAAAAAAGUGGGCGUGUCUUCUGAUGCAACCCGUGCGCAUUUUUUAAAAAAGACCUUUGAGUUCAGAAUAGAGCUGUAAUAAAGAUUUUUUAGCGCUCCCAUGAACAUGAGAUUUUUUUUAAACAAGUGAGGCACACAAAAAGGGGCGGAGCCUAAGAGCAAAUUAGGCACAGUUUAUCUUACAAAAAAUCAUCUUGAAUAUUUGAAAUUUAGCUCAAAACUUUCAGAUCAUCCCCAGAAGGUUUCAAAGCUACGACAAGGUUGACGACGUGAUGCUCGACGAGAAUGGCAUGGCUUUCGCUCUCCGAAGACGGCCAUCGAUCGGAAUGAUCCUUUCCGGAAUGCGGGGACCUCACAGCGGGUUUCUCCACGGCGAUCUCACCUACAGAAGAUAA